AUGGAGAUUCAGAGAAAUAGACCCCAGGUCUGCGGUUCUACCCGCCCUUCCCCGCCCCCGUCACUAAAAAGGAUCUCUUCACCUCUCAACUGUACCUUCUUGAUCUUUGUCGUUGAGCCAUUUUUGAAGAAGACAUGUGCCGAGUCGGACUUUGUUUGCAACAAUGGCCAAUGUGUCCCCAGCCGGUGGCAGUGUGACGGAGAUCCCGAUUGUGAAGAUGGCUCUGACGAAAGCCCCGAACAGUGCCAUAUGAGAACAUGCCGCAUUAAUGAAAUCAGCUGUGGCGCCCGCUCCACUCAGUGUAUCCCCGUGUCCUGGAGAUGUGAUGGUGAACACGAUUGUGACAGUGGAGAAGAUGAAGAGAACUGUGGCAACAUCACGUGUGGCCCCGAUGAGUUCACGUGCUCCAGCGGCCGCUGCAUCUCCAGGAAUUUCGUGUGCAACGGCCAGGAUGACUGCAGCGACGCCAGCGACGAGCUGGACUGCGCGCCCCCGACGUGCGGCGCCCACGAGUUCCAGUGCAGCACGUCCUCGUGCAUCCCCCUCAGCUGGGUGUGUGACGACGACGCCGACUGCUCCGACCAGUCCGACGAGUCCCUGGAGCAGUGCGGCCGCCAGCCUCGGAUGCACACCAAGUGCCCCGCCAGCGAGACGCAGUGCGGCUCGGGCGAGUGCAUCCACAAGAAGUGGCGGUGUGAUGGGGACCCCGACUGCAAAGACGGCAGCGACGAGGUCAACUGUCCUUCGCGAACCUGCCGCCCUGACCAGUUUGAGUGUGAGGACGGAAGCUGCAUCCACGGCAGCAGGCAGUGCAAUGGUAUCCGAGACUGCGUGGACGGCUCUGAUGAAGUCAACUGCAAAAACGUCAAUCAGUGCUUGGGCCCUGGCAAGUUCAAGUGCAGAAGCGGGGAAUGCAUAGAUAUCAGUAAAGUAUGUAACCAGGAGCAGGACUGCAGGGACUGGAGUGACGAGCCCCUCAAAGAAUGUCAUGUCAAUGAAUGCCUGGUUAAUAACGGUGGCUGUUCUCACAUCUGCAAGGACCUUGUUAUAGGGUACGCGUGUGACUGUGCAGCUGGGUUUGAACUGAUAGAUAAGAAAAUCUGUGGAGACAUUGACGAAUGCCAAAACCCGGGAAUCUGCAGCCAAAUUUGUAUCAACCUAAAAGGCGGUUAUAAGUGUGAAUGUAGUCGAGGAUAUCAGAUGGAUCUUGCCACUGGUGUGUGCAAGGCAGUAGGCAAAGAACCAAGUCUGAUCUUCACUAAUCGACGAGACAUCCGGAAGAUUGGCUUGGAGAGGAAAGAAUACAUCCAACUAGUUGAACAGCUAAGAAACACAGUGGCUCUGGAUGUGGAUAUCGCUGCUCAGAAGCUGUUCUGGGCUGAUCUAAGCCAAAAGGCCAUCUUCAGUGCCUCAAUUGAUGACAAGGUUGGUAGACAUGUUAAAAUGAUCGACAAUGUCUAUAAUCCUGCAGCCAUUGCUGUUGAUUGGGUGUACAAGACCAUCUACUGGACGGAUGCGGCUUCUAAGACUAUUUCAGUAGCUACCCUAGAUGGAGCCAAGAGGAAGUUCCUGUUUAACUCUGACUUGCGGGAGCCUGCCUCCAUAGCUGUGGACCCACUGUCUGGCUUUGUUUACUGGUCAGACUGGGGAGAACCCGCUAAAAUAGAAAAAGCGGGCAUGAAUGGAUUUGAUAGACGGCCUCUGGUGACAGUGGACAUCCAAUGGCCUAAUGGAAUUACCCUUGACCUUAUAAAGAGCCGUCUCUAUUGGCUCGACUCCAAGCUGCACAUGUUGUCCAGCGUGGACUUGAAUGGCCAAGAUCGUAGGAUUGUCCUCAAGUCUCUGGAGUUCCUAGCUCAUCCUCUCGCACUAACAAUAUUUGAGGAUCGUGUCUACUGGAUCGAUGGGGAAAAUGAAGCAGUCUAUGGGGCCAAUAAAUUCACUGGAUCAGAGCUGGCCACUCUCGUUAACAACCUUAAUGAUGCCCAAGACAUCAUUGUCUAUCAUGAACUUGUACAGCCAUCAGGUAAAAAUUGGUGUGAAGAAGACAUGGAGAAUGGAGGAUGUGAAUACCUGUGCCUGCCAGCACCACAAAUUAACGAUCACUCUCCAAAGUAUACCUGUUCCUGUCCCAAUGGGUACAAUCUAGAAGAAAACGGCCGGGAGUGCCACAGUACUGCAACUACUGUGACUUACAGAGAGACAAAGGGUUUCAACACAAUAGAAAGUUCGCCAACUAGUGGACUAGCUCCUGGAGGGAUCAAUGUGACCACAGCGGUAACGGAGGUCACUGUUCCUCCGAAAGGCACUUCUGCUGCCUGGGCCAUCCUUCCUCUCUUGCUCUUGGCAAUGGCAGCGGUGGGUGGCUAUUUGAUGUGGCGGAAUUGGCAGCACAAGAACAUGAAAAGCAUGAACUUUGACAAUCCUGUGUACUUGAAGACUACCGAAGAGGACUUGUCAAUAGACAUUGGCAGACACAGUGCUUCUGUUGGACACACGUACCCAGCAAUAUCAGUUGUAAGCACAGAUGAUGAUCUAGCUUGACUUCUGAGACGAGUCU